AUGCUUCCUGGGUCUUCAGCUAUGUUAUUUUCUCAAUUUUUAAAUAAUAAAGCCACUAAUAUUGAUAGUGGUGAUAAGAGUGCCAAUGAAUCUAGUAUCAAUGAAUUUAGCAAUGAUAGUAAUGAUAGUAAAAAUGAUAAAAAUCUCAAUCAAUUAACUGUAAAUGAAUUUCCUAUAGCUUCUUUUUUUCAAACUUGUAACUGGAAGGAGAAUCGAGUAAAUAGUAAUAGUCAUCAGCAUGGUGGUAAAAGGAUUAAAGUUCAGGUUGCUUUAGUUGCUAGACGUAAAGAAACUGCAAAUAAAG